UCUCACUACCUCCGAUGUAUGCUGGGUGUGAAUUUUAUGUUUGUCACAAAUGAGGCAUCAUGUUUUCUGACCUGUCUUCUUCACUCUCCUUUACCUAGUAGUUUCUCCCCUUCUCACUAGAUGGUGCACAUCAAAAAGCAGAAUGUUUGUAGUGUAGCAGCAGAGGGUGUCAAUUUGUGUCGCCAUGGAAAACUCUCUUGGUUGCAGAUUGCAACGAAGAGCAAGGUUUUCUUGUUUGACAUUUUCCUUCUGGGAGCUCGAGUGUUCAAGAACGGACUCCAAAUGAUACUAGAAGAUCAGAAUAUUUUGAAAGUUAUCCAUGACUGCCGGUGGCUUUCAGAUUGUCUUUCUCACCAGUAUGGAGUUAUGCUCUCCAAUGUCUUUGAUACACAGGUUGCUGAUGUCUUGCAGUUCUCAGUGGAAACAGGUGGCUUCCUUCCUCACUGUAUCAGCUCUCUACAAGACUGCUUAAUGCGAUACUUGGGGAUGCCCUACAGAUGCAUCUCUUUCAUGGAACAAAGGCAGCGUGUGAUUGAGGUAAGUGGGAUGGAGCCAUCCCAUCCUUUUCUGGAAAAUCUGUUCUGGUGUAGCCAGAAUAUAUGUUAUUAGCUAUGGUUAUGGUCCUUUAGAAACUACUUUUAUGCCAGUUAUGCAAACCUUGUCAAAGAGAGGGUAUACUCCGUAUUUGUUCAUUACAGUGGUACCUCG